CGUUCGGAGUAGGACUGCGCUAAUGCUGUGCAGUUUGCUGGUUCCAUGUAGUUUUCAGUUCAGUGUAUGAUUCACUGUAGCGGUGUAAGUCUGACUUUGCUGCGGUAGACGCUCCGACGGCUUCCUGAUCAUGGACUGGAACGGAAUAAUACUGAUUAUGGUUGUGGGAGUCACCAUUGGCAUGGAAACAGACGACUGUCCAGGGGACGGGAGGUUUCCUGAUUCAAGUAUCUGUGGUGCUUAUGUAGAUUGUGUACCCGACGGAAACGGCGGCUAUGAUAUAAUAAAGGGUGAUUGUGGAGGCUUCCUGUACAAUACCACCUCCAAGAGUUGCUCUAAUGACAGCAUGUGUGUUCUCUCGCGUCACACCCGGAGUGUUUUCCCAGAAUUCAAUCCAUAUUCGUAUCUGUGUGAAGCCCAGCCUGAUGGUUUUCUGUGUGCAAAUUGCAAGACUCAGGUCAUGUGUGUGCAGGGACAAGCCUUUGUUCGUCACUGUACUGAGGGUGACUUUUGUUUAGGUAAAACAGAGUUUGGAGGAGGCGUGUGCUAUCCAGGUGCCCCUUUACAGUGCACAUGUGAAAAGCCUCAUGAAUUUCGUGUGGAUUAUUAUGACCCACAAAGGUUCUUCGCUUGCAAAGAUGCUUAUUCUGAACCAGUUGCCUAUAAAUGUUUGGAUGGAAUGGUAUUUGAUGAAUCUUCUUCACAGUGUCUGAACAAUGCUGGAUUUCCACCAUGCACCGUAUCUGGAACUUUUGCCAACCCAAAUAAUUGUGGUGAAUACUAUACAUGCAUUGCCUUGAGACAUGGGUAUCUUCAAAGGUUUUCUAUGUGCAGUAAUAAUACUUUGUUCAAUGAGAAGACGCAAACAUGUGAAGAUCCUUGUAUUAUCAGUUGAGUGCCAAGUGGACGG